AUUGUGUUUAAAUGCAACCCUUUUAUCAACUUCCGCCUUCGCUGAAUUAGCGCUGUACUUAAUAUUCAACAUGUUUAUAUUUUUGUAAGUUCAUCAUGUCUUCUACACCACACGUUUGUACCUGCGAUUGCACUUCAAAAGGGUGCACAGCGGGGUCAGUAUUUGCCGGGAUCAUCGUCGGAAUCCUCGUUACCGCCAUUCUCCUCCGCGGCAAGUGGAGUGGAAUCAGGCUAUAUAUAUUAAAGAGAUUUCGAAAACCCAAAGCAGUUUCAAACGCAGCGUAUGACGCGGAGUUCAGCUUUGAUCCGAGUGCGAAACAACUGAAGAAAGAGGAUAGUCUGUACCAAAAUAUUGUAAUCAAUGAUGAGAAGAAAAUAACUAUCGAGGAGACCCCGCCCACUGACGAGAUCUCGCGAGAGGAGGAGGUAUAUGCUGUCAGUCUCAAGCAGGCGGUGAAACAACCCGGUCUACCCAGUGGCAUGGUCCAAAAGAUUGCCAGUCUACACGGACAUUCGACCCAAAUCGUGGCACGGAAGUCACAAGAGCUGGAGGAUUACGUGGAUAUUGAUAAGAAUUCCCAGAAUCAAGUCACGACAUCUCGCUCCUUGACUCUGCCGACAUCAAUAAGACCCCCUCAAUCCUCCCCGGUGAAGGCUCCCAGCGAUAAGAAGUCAGGGAGUAAAAAGAGCGAAAAGAAGAAAACCAAGCACGUCCGAAUCUCAGCGGACAGCGUCCCCCCGGAACAACAAGAGGAGACAACCGGACUAAUGCCGGAGACACCCACCCUUGUCAUGAAAGAAGUCUCGGCGAACGGAGAAUACUUCGUGCUGGACAAAACGUUUUGUUAAGUAAACUGACAAGUCGUGGACUAAUGCUUCCAGUUCCUAGUGUGUAGUCGAAGCUACAUGUGUUGAUUCUCAGACAUUGAUAUGGCUCAUUGCUGGGAUAUUUUGUAGACAUAAUGACAAGACAAUCGAGCUUUUAAAAUUGAUUAUUUAUGACGUCAGAAGAAAUGCAAGAGGAAAACUGAGAUGAGGGUGAACUUUGACAGUUUAAGUUUACUACUCACUUGAUUACGUGUGGAAAUUAGAUAAAAUUAUUAACUGGGUAUGAUUGUGGAUGUAACCGUUUACGGGUGACAGAUUUUGUGAGAUUGAUGUAUUCUUUGCAGGAUACACAGGAUAGAGUUUAGUGUAAUCAGCGUUAGAGGGGGGGGGGGGGGGUAUUCAAAUGUUCUUGCUCAUGAUUGUACUAUAAUGCAAUAAUGAGCAAAUGUCUUGAAAAUUAACAUAUUUCAAUAAGAACAUAACAAAAAUCGUUAAAAAACGAGUCAAAAUACACAUAACUCUAUUAUAAAAAUUUUGUGUAGUCUUAAUUGUUACGAAUUAAACUGAUUUGUAUAUUU